AUGAGACUGGCAACUUAUUUACAACUGAUAUUGAGCUCUUUUGUCGUGUUUAUCACGUUAUCAGCCAGCUUGCCAAUCGCACCUCGUCAAUCAAUUGGAAAUGUGGCAGACGCGUCCCAUAUUUUAAAAGGAGGCUCUUCCGGUGGGCAUGCCAGUUCGGGAUCCAGCUCUUCCGGUGGGCAUUCCAGUUCGGGAUCCGGCUCCUCUGGCGGACACUCGAGUUCAGGUUCUGAGUCGGGUUCGGGUUCGGGAUCAAGUUCAGGGUCGAGUUCUGGUUCCAGCUCAGGCUCAGAAUCAGGUUCAGAGUCAGGCUCAGGAUCAAGUUCUAGUUCGAGUUCUGGUUCAAGUUCAGGUUCAAAUUCAGGCUCAGACUCGAACUCUGGUUCUAGUUCUGGAUCAGGUACCAAGUCAGGAUCAGGAUCAGGAUCAGGAUCAAAUUCAGGCUCCGGCUCCGAUUCAGACUCGAACUCUGGUUCUAGUUCUGGGUCAAGCACCAAAUCAGGAUCAGGAUCAGGGACCAAUUCCAAGUCUCCUCCCAGCACAGCGAAAAUUCACGACCCACCUCCUCCAUACACAGGCCAUACUACCAGUACUGCUUCAGUAGCAGGCCGUUACUACGGCGGUUCCACCAAACCCUACAGUGCAGGAUACAGGUCAUACGGAGGAAUAUCCCCCUUCCUUUUCCCAGCAUCAGCUCUCCUCUUCUUCUCUGCUUACCAUAGCUACUCACAAGUCUACGAUUACUCGUACAAUUUCCAGCAAAACAACCAGACAAUCCACGUCGACUGUUUCUGUCGACCAUUACUGCCAUGCUCGUGCGACCAAACUACCCAACAGCAGUACUUCAACCAGCUGCCCUCUGACCACGUCCACUUAGUCAACACCACCGGCAACAUCACUUACUACAUUGACGGUACCUUAGAGGGCACCGAGACCGGAGCUGCCUCGACUUUCCACAAAGGCCAGGCUCUCCUAGCGGCCACUCUGGCGGUAGCCGUUUGUAUACUCUAA